AUGGAUUUGAUAGCAUUGGAUAAUAAUAAUAGUAAUAAUGGUAAUAAUGAUAUAUCAAUUACAUCAAUUGUAUGGAGCCCAAAUGGUAAAAUGAUACCAGUUGGUUGCGAAAAUGGGUCAGUUUUUAUUUAUUCAAUUGAAAAUUCAAAAUUAAUCAGUUCAUCCCAAUAUCAUAAAAACAAAAUUCAUAAAUUAUUAUGGAUAAAAAGUUUAGAUAAUAGCAAUAGUAAUAAUAAAAACAGUAAUGGUUUUAAUAAUAAUGUAUCAAAUUUAUCAUUUAUAGAGCAAAUAAAAAAUGAUAUGAAUUUAUUUCCACCAAUAUCAAGUUAUUUUGAUAGUUCAAAAGAAGAUUCAAUUUAUUUAGGAAACGAUAUUUAUGAUAGACAAUUCGAUUUAUUAUUGUGUUGUGAUAGUAAUGGUAAUAUUAGUUUUUUGGUUUUUGGUAUUUUUAAAAUAGUCUCUAUUGAUUUAUUAUCACUAAUAAAAUCAAAAUAUUCAAGUUUACAUUUUUUAAUAAAACCAGCAAAAAGUUUAAAUAUUUUAGAUAUAACUUUAACAGAGUCAUUAAAUAAAUUAUCAAUUAUGAUUGAAACAGAUAAUGGUUUAUUAAUGUCAAUUACAUUGGAUACAUCAAUUUUAUCAUUAAAAAAGAAUGAGAUACACCAAGUUUCACUACAAUACUUUUUAAAGAGCCAAUUACAGAUAUCAUUAGACUUACAUUUAAAGGAUAUUGUUUCCAAGUGGAAAGAUUGUCAACAGCAAUUAACAAGUAAAUGGAAUGAAUUUGAAAAGGUACUUAUGGAUUACGGUUAUUCAUCAUCAAUUGAGCAAGAGUUAAUUGGGUUAUUAUUAACUGGUGUUCCAUCACCACCAACUCAUCAAUUUUUAAUAAAUAAUAUAAAUAUAAAAAAAUUAAAAACUAUUGAAACAACUUAUAAUUCAAUUAGAGAAAUUUUAAUUAAAUUUGUAUUACCAUCAUUUUUAAAUAUUUUUCACAUUGUAACUCUGUUGCACAAUAAUUCAUUACAAAGUGAAAGAUUUCAAAGUUUAUUAGAUCAACAAUUAAUAAAGAACACAUUGGAUUAUUGCGGCUCUUUUGGUAUGAAGCUCCAUAAUUUAGAAACUGUUAUUUGUGGUAUCGAGGCAAAUUUCUCAUCAUUCACAUCUUGGUUGUAUAAGACUCAAUGUUUUUUAAAUGAGAUGCAACCAGAUAGAAAAAUUUUACAACCAUUUAACGAACUAUUAAUAAUGUCAUUGCUAAAGAAGGGCUUGAAACAAGAUUUACUAUUUUCAUUAGCAUCAAAUUCUUCUCCAUCAUCAACUACAUCUUCACCAAAAAAUGUCAAUACAAGUACCUCUCAAUUAUUAUCACCAUAUAAAUUUAAUAGUAGAAGCGAUAGUUUAAAUAAUAGUUUUAGCAGUAGCAAUAGUAGUGACAGUAGCAUUGAUUUCCAAUUCAAAGAUAUUAUAUCCAAUAGUUUCUUUGACUGUUACAAAGAGUUUAAGAAUAAAACUUUAGAAAUCUUUAGUAAUGAGAUUACAAAAUCAUUAUCAAAUUCAUUUAAAAUUGAAAAUAUUAUUCCAAUAUGUUUAUACGACAAGAAUGACACAUCAGUAUCCCAUAAAUUUAACUGCUCACUAAUAUCACAUCCAAAUGAUUUAAUUUAUAUAGGGUUUAAUACAACUUUAUCAAUGAGCAAUAGAUUAUUUAUAGCAAAGAGAGAAUCCAAAUCAAAAUGGAGCUUUACAUGUUUUCAAUUGGAGGAAUCAUUAGGAAUUCAAGAUUUAAAAUUUUAUAACCAACAAUCGAUAAUGGCAACAGUAUCUCAGGAUAUUAUUAAAAGCAACCAAAAAAAAUCUUCAAGAAAAAAUACAUUUUUAAAACAAUAUCAAUAUAAUAAGACUGAAGAUGAUGAUACUGAAUUUGAAGAAAAGGAAUACAAGAAAUUGGAUGUUAACAUACCACCAAGUACAAUAUUAUUGGAUCUUUUAGAUACUGUUUUCUCAUGUCAAGUUGAGGAUUCAUUUAAAUCUAGGGAAAUAAUAGCCAAAUCUAGAAUAUCACCUAUUACAUUAGAGUUAUCAACAUCAAGAAGAAUUGCAGCUUACGUUACUAGGAAAAAGAGAAAAAUUAUACUGUAUGAAUUAGCUGAAGAUGAAAGAAGAUGACGAGGAUGUCCAAGAGGAGCAAAGCGAAUAAGAAAAUAACUAUUUAUUUAUAUAGGCAAAUUAAUUUUAUGUUUAUUAAAUAAAAGAGAAUGAAUAUUUAUAAG